AUGGUGUGUCGUCUUAAAAAGUCACUCUAUGGUUUGCGGCAGGCGUCUAGGCAACGGUAUGCCCGCUUAACUGCUGCUUUGAAUUUUAAGGGGUUCUCUCAUUCGCUCAACGACUACUCUUUAUUCUAUAAAAAGGCUGGGGAUUCUAUUUCUUUGGUCGCUCUUUAUGUGGACGAUAUUCUACUUACUGGGAAUAAUUUUCAAGAAUUACAGGACCUCAAACAGUUCUUAGACUCUGAAUUCACGAUUAAAGAUUUAGGAAACUUAUCUUUCUUCUUGGGCAUGGAGGUUCUACGUGAGCCAUCAGGAUUGAUUCUGAGCCAACGCAAGUUUGUGCUUGAGCUUUUGGCUAAGUUUCACUACUUUGAUCUCACUCCUGCCACUUCCCCCCUCGACCCUUCUUGCAAAUUAUUCUCUGGCGUUGGGGAGCCUUUACCUGAUCCAUCUCUUUAUCGAUGUUUGUUGGGAAAGCUCAAUUUUUUAACACACCCACGCCCUGACCACUCUUUUACUGUCCAACAUCUUAGUCAAUAUAUGCAGGACCCUCGUCUUCCUCACAUUUCCGCUGCUAAACACUGCCUUCGCUCUCUCCUCAAUGACCCUGGUUUAGGGAUCUUUCUUAAUUCCUCUCCCUCUCUUGACCUUCUUGCUUUUUGUGAUUCCGAUUGGGGUACUUGCCCUGACUCCCGGUGCUCCGUCAGUGGCUUCUUCAUAAGUCUGGGUGGUAGCCCUGUUUCUUGGAAAUCCAAGAAACAGCCUUCCGUCUUUUUUUCCUCUGCCAAAGCCGAGUAUCGCUCGAUGCGUCGUGUUGGGCUGAGCUUACCUGACUUGUUCGUCUCUUGGAUGACCUUUCCGUUUCUCCUUCUUUGCCUGUUCCCCUUCUUUUUGAUAGUCAAGCUGCGAUCCACAUAG